AGUCUGUCCGUAGCGACUUUAGUGUCACCGAGAGUGUCUGCGAGUUCUCAAAUUCCAUUUUCCGAACCCAAGAAGAUGCGGAGCAGCCUGCUUCGGAGUCGCUCUCUUAUUAUGCUGGCGACGCUGUGGCUAGCCCACGUGGCUUGCACUAUGCCGCUUUUGGAUGCCGGACCUCACAUUCCUCAGCGCUGGGGAGAGGCUAUAAGAAUACGGCAUCUGUAUACAGCCAGGAGACACGGCCAGGAGAGCUUUUAUCUGAGGAUUAAUGAGGAUGGCAAAGUUGAUGGAGAGAGACAUCCGAGCUCCCACAGUUUACUGGAAAUCAGGGCAGUUAAAGUGGGGUUCGUAGCUAUUAAAGGAUACCUCAGUUCUUUGUACCUCUGCAUGGGGACAGACGGGAAACUGUACGGAACGCAAUCGUAUUCCGCGGACGACUGCUCUUUUGAAGAGGAACUUCUUCCCGAUGGAUACAACCUGUACAAGUCUUCAAAAUAUGGCAUUGCUGUCUCUCUAAGUAAAGAAAAGCAAAGACAACAAUUCAAGGGUAAAGGAUACCUUCCGUUGUCCAACUUUCUGCCUAUGAUCAGCAAGGUCCCGCUAGAAGUUAGUAAUCCGCUGGACGAUGAAGACUACAGGUUUCAGUAUAACACGGAUGACAAGACUGCUCCUUUCAUCGACAGUAUGGACCCUCUAGGACUUGUAGACAUCCCCAGCUAUCGGAAAAAAUAACAUUCCUAAACGUUUGCUGGAGGAGUUCACCGCAAAGCCGUAAGAACUUCACUCGAGGUCCAAAGUUUCAUUGAGAAGAAUGCAAAGGGGAAUAUACUUGUUCAUUGAGGAGUACGGUACAUCAAUGUUAUUACUACUGUGGGGUUUACGUCGACGUCACG